AGUGAACACGGACAGCUCCACGGUGCUGCUCCCGCUCGGUUUAGCUCCUGCUCCAACGCUGUCUCGAGUCUUGAUAGAAACCUCAAAAACAAGCAUAAAAGAGCAGUAAUGGGGGAAUGACAACAGACUCGAUCUACGGUGCUCCAUCCCCGACAACAGAUCCAGGAUGCUGCUGCUCUCCAACCCGCGAUGGGCUAGUGCUGGCCGGGCCUCGCUCCUGCUUCUGGCCGCGGUGCUGCUCCAUGUCACCUCAGCAAGUCUCGAAGCUGCUCCCAGAUGCCCUUCCCAUAUAGACUGUGCCAAAGCGGGGCGACAGCUCUGCAAGACUGGCUCAUCUGAGUGCGGUCCCUGUCUCCCUGCCCUGGAGGAGAGCGACGAUGGACUCUGCGUAACUCCUCGGAAAAUACUAAAAAAAACAGCAAAAAUACACCAUCAAAAACAUGUAAAAGUUUACCCUGACCUAGAUGAGGAGAUUGACUUGCUGCGCUCCGUCAUUGAAAAACAACAAGUGGAGAAGUCAGGAUUUAGACCAGAACAGAAACAAUCCAAACAUUUUGCUGCUAUCGCAUUCCAGUCAGAUAUCAGGACAACACAACCACAUUCUCCACUUGCCUCCAAAGAGGAAAUCACAAAUGUGCAAACUGUCAACAUAAGCCUGGUUGAUAAAACUACUCUACAGCCUACCACCAAACCCAGUGUGGCACCUCGACUUGAUCCAGUAGUAGUAACUCCAGCUGCUAGAGGAGACCAAAUUAUUAUCAUCAUGAUCUCAUUGAGUGUGGUAGUAGGAACAGUGGCAGUGAUUCUGGCAGCUGUCUGUGCGGUUAAGUUAAAGAGAGACUCACGCCUAACUGAGAAGGUGGACUACCCUGCAUUUGGAGGGGCUACUGUUGCCCCUGUGAAUGUCAACGGACCUGCACCUCUUGAUCAUACCCUGGCCCACAAUGCUCAAAUGUUCCACUAUCAGCAUCAGAAACAGCAGAUGCUGUCAAUGGGAAAACAAAAGCCUGAAGCGAAAGCUGUUGACACCGAUGUCACGUCAGAUGAGGAAGAAGUGGGAGGAGACUUCACAGUGUAUGAAUGUCCUGGACUUGCCCCGACUGGAGAAAUGGAAGUGAAGAACCCUUUAUUUGAUGACUCGACUCUACCAUAUCAGGGCAAUCACAAGUGAAUGCAAAAAGGACCCACACAUAAGGAUGCUCAUGGGAUAAAACCACUUGAUUUGACACUGCAUGCACGAUAAUCAAAAUUGUGGCAGAGGACAUAAGCUGAUUCCUGAAUGUCUCCUCUCUCCCUUAUCUGUCCGCUUUUAUAAAUCCACUUAUGUAUAGUAGGUAGCUUGUUAAUUUAUUUCACUUUCUUGUCGAUUUUAAUGGUGUUUUAUCUUUCUAUGAAUGGCGACUUUUCCACUACAACAAAUACCCUUAUUUUUGCAGCUACUUCCAAAGAAUGUGUAACAAAACCUACAUAAGCUGAGAAACAGGUGUACUCCUUAUACUUUUGUCAUGCAUUUCUGGCACUUCUCUCCUAACAGAUACCCAGCAACAUCCCACAAAUAAACACUUUAUUUUUUAUUUCUGUAUGCAUUAUAAUGGUAUAUGGGUAUUCUUUUAAAAGCAAGUGCUUGAUGAUGUCUGUUGCAUGGUUUGACUGUACAGUGUUUGGAACAAUGCUUCUGCCUCCUAUCUUGUAUUGUUGCUGGAGGAAUGUAAAGUGAACUCUGAGCACUUUUAAAGCCAGAUAUCAGUCUAUAUGGUGAUGGUGUAGCCAGUAAACUAUCUUGUACAAUGUUUCCUUUCUCUCCCCUGUUCGCCUGUCCAUCCAAAGCUAACUUAGUGCUGCAGAAUGUACAUACAAAAAGAGUGAAAGCAUUCACUUUUUAUAGAUAUUUGUACAUGCACACUGAGGUCUGGAAAUAAAACUUUUUACCACAUAUCAAACUCAGUGACGAAUGUUGUCCUUAUUUUCUGAAUACUACUUUGUGUGUUUGUUCUGUGGAGCACAUGCAUAUUCCUAAAGCUACAGUAUGUAGCAAAAAAUAGGCUGAAUAAAAGCUUGUAUUUUGUUUUCA